AUGGCUGUGCGAGCACAGUUUGAGAAUUCGAAUGAAGUCGGCGUAUUCUCAACCCUGACGAACGCCUAUGCUUUGGUUCCAGUCGGCACGAGUGAGAAUUUUUAUAGUACUUUCGAAGCCGAGCUGCAAGAUGUGGUGCCUAUAUGUCGUGCUACAAUCGCUGGCACACGGAUCAUUGGUACUCUGACUGCAGGGAAUCGUAAGGGUCUCCUGGUCCCCACAUCGACCACAGAUCAAGAGUUGCAGCAUCUCCGCAAUAGUAUACCCGACGAAGUCAAGAUACAACGUAUAGAAGAGCGAUUGUCAGCGCUUGGUAAUGUGAUCUGCGCAAAUGACCAUGUCGCUCUAGUUCACCCGGACAUUGAACGGGAAACGGAGGAGAUAAUAGCAGACGUCUUUGGCGUAGAAGUCUUCCGACAGACAAUCGCGGAUAAUGUACUGGUUGGAAGCUAUAUGAGCUUGUCCAAUCAAGGAGGCAUUGUUCACCCAAGAACAUCGAUACAAGAUCAGGAUGAGCUCUCAAGUCUACUGCAGGUACCUCUGGUGGCAGGCAGCGUAAAUCGUGGAAGUUCUGUGGUCGGUGCUGGUAUGGUAGUGAACGAUUGGAUGGCCGUCACAGGUGUCGAUACAACUGCGACAGAGCUGAGUGUCGUCGAAAGUAUCUUCAAAUUAGGCGAAAGUACGGGUCCUGGAGCGAUCAAUACGACAAACAAGGCAACUAUGGUAGAGUCGUUCUACUGA